AUGAGAACCAUGUUCAUCUCACAUGAACUAUGGAGUUAUGUGGAUGAAGGCUAUACAGUUCCAGAAAUUGAAAACAUGUCUAAUGCUCAAAAAUUAGAGUUGAAGACAAACAUAAAGAAAGAUGCAAAAGCUCUAGGGAUACUGCAAAACUCAGUCUCAGACGAGAUCUUUCCAAGAAUCUCAAAUGAAGAAACAGCCAAAGCAGGUUGGGAUGUUCUGCUGCUUGAGUUCAAAGGCUCAGAAAAGGUUAGAGCUGUUAAACUUCAAUCUUUGAGAAGAGAUUUUGAGUAUACUAGAAUGAAUGAAAUUGAGCUGCUAAAUGAUUAUAGUACUAGACUGACUGAUAUUGUAAAUCAAAUGAAAACCUAUGGUGAGUCCAUUACAGAGAAAAGAUUAGUCCAGAAGAUCCUAAUGAGUCUAAAUAGAAAAUAUGAUGCUAUAAAAGGCAAUCAACAAGCGAACUGCAUUGAAGAACAGUGUGAUACCAACAUGUUCUCUGUCAGCCAUGCUGCAACUACACAAGUAAGUGAGAAUGUGUGGCUUGUUGAUAGUGCUUGCAGUAAUCAUAUGACUGCGAAUCCUAAUCUUCUGUAUGAUAUUGACUACAACAGCAUCACUAAAGUGAAGAUGGAAAAUGGAAUGUUGGUUGACACAAAAGGCAAAGGAAGUAUUGCGGUGGAAACCAAAAAUGACAAAAUGUUCAUCAGAGAUGUUAUGUUAGUUCCAAAUCUUGAUUCAAAUUUGCUAAGUGUUGGUCAACUUAUAGAGCACUCAUAUCACCUACAUUUUGGUGACAACACUUGCAAGAUCUUCGAGAGAGGGAGCAGCAAGAAACUGAUGGUAGAAGUUGAGAUGAAGAGGAACAUAUGUUUUCCUUUGACUCUCAAAUAUGCAACAGAGAGUGCAAGAAAAAUGGAGCUACAGGAUGAUCCUUGGCUCUGGCAUAGAAGACUUGGACAUUUGAAUUUUCAAAGUCUCAAGCAACUACAUCAAAAAUGA